AUGGCAACGUACUUUCAUGGAAGCUCAGAAAUCCAAGCAGCCGCUGCACCUUCUGAUGGGAUCCAGACACUUUAUCUCAUGAACUCUAACUACCUCUCCUCUUAUUCUGAUGCUACUCAGCAGCAGCACCAACAACAGCCUCCAAAUAUGAUCUUCUUUAACCCGGCCAGUAGUACUGCUGCUUCCAAUAAUGGCCUACACACUGGAAACCCUCCUCAUGGGCCGCCGCAGAACCAUCACUUUGUCGGCAUCCCACUUCCUCUCCCCUCCUCCAACAUCACUUCUCUAACUCCAGACAAUCACAGCCGUCCAUCGUCCCUACACGGGGUCGUCCCUAAUCAUGUUCACUAUAACAUUUGGGGUUCAACAGAUCAGAAUUCUGUCGCAUCAGUUGCAACAGCCAGCGAGUCUAGUGGGGCCCAUGAUGUCGUGUCGUCGCAAGUGGGUUUUCGGAGGCCGGUGGUGGUGUCUCCAGGAAGACAAGGAUUAUCUCUAAGCCUUUCGUCUCAGCAAGCACCGGGACCACCGACACCAUAUAAUAGGGCUAUAACCAACGAACACCAUGAGAUUCAAGCGUUGCAUCCCCAUGUUUCGGUUGUAUCUACAGGUGAUGAAAUCAGAGUUUCUGGGAACUCUCCGUCGUCUGUUUCGGCAGUGUCGAAUGGGGUUUCCGGUAUGCAAAACAUGGUUUUGGGAUCCAAGUACCUGAGAGCUACACAGGAGUUGCUUGAUGAAGUUGUUAAUGUAGGGAAAGACCUAAUACGGAGUGGGUUGAUAGAAGGGACUAAAGAGAAGGUGAAGAUGACUAGAGAAUCAAUAACUGGAGAUGGGUCUAGUGGCAGUGGAGGUGCUGGUGGUGAAACUAGUACUGCUAAGCGUGGAGCUGAGCUUACUGCAGCCCACAGGCAGGAGCUGCAAAUGAAGAAGGCAAAGCUUGUAAACAUGCUUGAUGAGGUGGAACAAAGAUAUAGGCAAUACCACCACCAAAUGCAAGUAGUAGUUUCCUCAUUUGAGCAAGCAGCAGGAUUUGGUGCAGCGAAAUCAUACACUGCCCUAGCAUUACAGACUAUCUCAAAGCAAUUCAGGAGUCUUAAAGACACAAUUUCGUCUCAAAUCAGGGCCACAAGCAAUAGCUUGGGUGAAGAGGAUUGCAUGGGAGCAAAGGUUGAAGGUUCAAGACUAAGGUACGUGGAUCAUCAGCUUCGACAACAGCGAGCACUACAACAAUUGGGAAUGGUUCAACACAAUGCUUGGAGACCGCAGAGAGGAUUGCCGGAACGUGCUGUUUCCGUUCUUCGCGCUUGGCUCUUUGAGCACUUCCUUCACCCUUAUCCAAAGGAUUCUGAUAAGCACAUGCUUGCAAAACAAACAGGGCUUACUAGGAGCCAGGUGUCUAAUUGGUUUAUAAAUGCUCGAGUUCGGCUGUGGAAGCCAAUGGUUGAGGAAAUGUACAUGGAGGAAAUCAAGGAGCAAGAGAAAAAUGGUUCCGAGGAAAACGCAAGUAAAAAUGAGAACAAGGAAUCUGGGUCUCAUUCUAGUGCACCGGGAGAGAGCAGUACACUUCAAAUAGAGCAACUUAAAGGAGUACUUCACUCAAGACAAGCAGAAAAACUCAGCAACCAGAAUGCUUCUCCUACUAAAUUUUCAAACCCCACAAUCUCAAUGUCUUCCAUGGGAGGACCCCUUCAACAGCAAGCUGGUUUUACACUUAUUGGACCAGCUGAUAUGGAAGGAAUUGAUCAAAGAAGUUCAAAAAAACCGAGGAGUAGUGACGUGCAGAAUUCUCCAAGUAGUAUCCUCUCCAUGGACAUGGACGUGAAACAAGGUGAGACAAGUAGGGAAAUCGGUGUGAAUUUUGGUGGUGAAAGGUUAACCAAGGAUGGCUAUCCUUUAAUAAAUAGCAGUGGUGGAUUUGGAGCAUAUCCAAUGGGAGAUCUUGGAAGGUUUAACCUUGAGCAGUUGACGCCAAGAUUUAGUGGAAACAGUGUUUCCCUCACUCUUGGCCUACCACAUUGUGAGAACCUCUCUCUUUCAGGAACUCAACAAAACUACCUCUCCAGCCAGAACAUUCAGUUGGGUGGAAGAAGACUAGAAAUUGGAACCAAUACGGAACCUGACUAUUCUGGGAUUAACACAUCCCAAAAUUCUCACUCCAGCUCUGGUUUUGAGAGCUUUGAUAUUCAAACCAGAAAGAGGUUUCCUGCUCAACUAUUACCAGAUUUUGUGACCUGA